CGGCCAGGAGGAACGGCGGCCGCGUACUGGGCCGCGGGCGGUGUGCGGAGGAGAUCGAAGCCGCGGGUUCGAGACCCGCGUCCGGCGCUCGACGAGGUCGGACCCUGAGGAAGACGUUUCAUGAACCCAGUGAUGUUAACCAUGAGGAUAAGACCAGCUGGCGGUGGUUUAAGGGAGACAGACGUACAAAGGGGUGCCAGGGGACAUGGGCCAACAGCUGGAGGUCAACUCGGACUUUGUCCGAGGGACACGGGGCCAGGGACCUGCCGGGGAGAGCAGGGCAGGCUGGGCUCCGGCAGGGCGGGCGCAGGCGACGCGGGGAGGGACGCGUUCGUCCUGGGCUGGGCGCCUGGCGGCUCUGGACGGUGGACUCCGACCCAGGACCCCUCCCCCAGUCCUGCCGCCGCCGCCAUGCGGCCCUCGGGGACGGCGCUGCUCGCGGCUCUGCUCCUGGCCGGGGUGCUCUGCUCCCUGGGCCGCGGUGCUGGGCGGCCCCCGCGGCCGCCGCCCCUCGUCAGCGCCGUCCAGCCCGCGGCGGGGUUCGAAGCGCAGAAGUUCGCAGGGACCUGGCUCCUCGUGGCCGCGGGCUCCGCCUGCCGCGCCCUGCAAGAGCAGGGCCACCGGGCCGAGGCCACCGCGCUGCACGUGGCUCCCCAGGGCACAGCCAUGGCCGUGAGCACCUUCCGAAAGCUGGAUGGGAUCUGCUGGCAGGUGCGCCAGCUCUACGGAGACACUGGGGUCCCUGGCCGCUUCCUGCUCCAAGCCAGAGGCGCCCGAGGGCCCGUGCACGUGGUGGUCGCUGAGACAGACUACCAGGGCUUCGCCAUCCUGUACCUGGAGCGUUCCGGCCGGCUGUCAGUGAAGCUGUAUGCCCGCUCCCUCCCUGUGAGCGACUCAGUCCUGAGUAGGUUUGAGCAGCGGGUCCAGGAGGCCCACCUGACGGAGGACCAGGUCCUGUUCUUCCCCAAGUACGGCUUCUGCGAGGCUGCGGACCAGUUCCACGUCCUGGACGAGGUGAGGCGGUGAGGCCGGUGCCCCAGAGAAGACCCUGCUGGAGGGGACCCCGCCGGCGGAGCACCUGCAGCCCCUCCUCACUGAGCCCCAGGGAACCACCAAGCGGUGGCGGCCACAGGUCAGGGCCUGCCCUACCGCGGGGUCUCCUGUCAUCUGUCCUGGGUGGCUGUCCCUGCACCCGGAUCUCAGUGAUGUGGGGGGCACGCAUCCUCAUUAAACAUCUCAGACCGGG